AUGGCAAAAAGUCAAAUAAAAGAGUUACGAGCAGAAAGUGAUCGAUUAAAAAGAAGAAUAAACGAGAUAGACGAAAAACUACAAACACCGUUGCCAUCAAUGUUGCAUCUUCCAAAAAGGCUAAGAGAAAAGAAAACAAGACGCAGAGAACGAGAAGAAAAAAACCAGCUUCUAUCCCAAUUAAAUAGAAAUCUCGAGGAAACCAUAGAUCUCCAGGAAAAGACCAAACCAAAUCUCGUAGAACAAUUUACACGACUUAUGGAGGCUGCGCUACCGCUUGUGGUAGCAAUAUUGAAGUUUAAAUCAUAG